UGUACAGAUUAUCAAUUGAUUGGGUCAAAACCUCAAAUGGUUCGUCUACUGGCCAUCUUCGUCUCUCCGUCGGUGUUAAGAUACCAGAUAAUCUUUUUUGUUGAUUAAGAUCUUUAGCCAUCAAAGGCUGCUCUGGCGUUGAUAUAUUAAUAUCUUGCAAUCAAUUAAGAUAUCGAUGGGGGCAUUCUUAAGUCUAAAUAAUCCCAGGGCUGGAAUGAGUGAACCCGUAGACGUUUCGCGAAACGGAGCAUGCAAAAGGCAAAAGUUGUCAUCAUGUGAUUGCGAAGAGAAUCCGAGAUUGAUUCCCAGCCUUCCUGAUGAGAUAUCUUAUCUGAUUCUUGCCAGAAUUCCAAGGAUUAAUUACUUGAAUGUGAGGUUAGUGUCUCGAGCCUGGAAAGCUGCCAUCAUGAGUACUGAACUUUUUAAUACAAGGAAAGAACUUGGAACAACAGAGGAAUGGCUCUAUAUAUUGACCAAGGUCGAAGGCGACAAACUUUUGUGGUAUGCUUUGGACCCAUUGUCAAGAAGGUGGCAGAGGUUGCCUCAAAUGCCAAAUGUUGCUUUAGAAGAUGAAUCCAGGAAAGGUUUAGCCAGCCUUUGGAUGUGGAAUGUUGUCGGCUCCGGCAUAAAAAUUGCAGAUGUUGUUAGGGGUUGGCUUGGCCGGAAGAAUGCAUUGGACAGAAUGCCGUUUUGUGGCUGUGCCAUCGGUGCCGUUGACGGCAGCCUCUAUGUGUUGGGAGGAUUUUCUAGAGCUUCAGCGCUGAGGUGUGUUUGGCAGUAUAAUCCAGUUUUAAAUUCAUGGAGUGAAGUAAAUUCAAUGUUAUCAGGUAGAGCCUAUUGUAAGACUGCCAUCUUAAAUAAUAGGCUAUACGCCGUUGGAGGGUUUACCAAGGACCAUGGUGGUUUAACUCCACUUCAGUCUGCUGAAGUCUUUGAUCCUCGAACUGGUAUAUGGUCCCAAAUUCCUAGCAUGCCGUUUUCGAAAGCUCAGGUUCUACCCACUGCUUUUCUGGCUGAUCUACUCAAACCAAUUGCCACAGGAAUGACAUCAUAUAGGGGAAGAUUAUUUGUUCCUCAGAGUUUAUAUUUCUGGCCGUUUUUUGUUGAUGUCGGAGGAGAGGUAUAUGAUCCAAAGGUAGAUUCAUGGGUCGAAAUGCCGGCAGGCAUGGGUGAUGGUUGGCCUGGAAGACAGGCCGGAACAAAGUUGAGUGUCACCGUGGAUGGUGAGUUGUAUGCACUUGAUCUGGCUAAUUCUCCUGAAAGUGUGAGGAUUAAGGUAUAUGAUUACCAAGAUGAUGUUUGGAAAGUGUUAGGAGAGGUCCCGAUUCACAACUUCACUGAUUCCGGCUCUCCCUAUUUGCUUGCCGGUUUACUAGGAAAGAUCCAUGUGAUUGCUAAAGAUGCCAACAAUAUCUCUAUCCUACAGGCUGAUGUGCAAAACCAUGUUUCCUCACCAUCAGCUUCAUCAUCUUCAUUGGAUAGCUCCACCGGUGCGCAUCUCGAGUCUGCAGAACCUGCUACAACAUCCGAAACAGUUCUUUGGAGGGUUAUUGCUACAAGGGUGGCCGGAUCUUCUGAACUAGUAAGUUGUCAGACCCUCAAUAUAUAGUGCCUCGAUUGGAAUACUUUCCGAAAACUGUUCUGUUGCUCUUAUUUGUUUCAUCAGAAAGAUUGAUCAUACAAGUGGCAAACUUUUCCCUUCUAUGCUUGUUUAAUGUAAAGAAAAGAAACACUUUGAAAAGAAAUACUAGAUGAUGGAUAUAGUAAAGUUACAAAUUGCAUUCCUGCAGAUUAUAACAUAAAGGAUGACAAGAUUUUUAGCCAA